AAUGGCAGACUAUGGCACUGCCAUUUCUCUCUCAAGAGAGCUCUCUCACACUUCCGAAGACUCUUCCUCCGAUCAAAGCCCACGUAGCGUUCCUUCCAAGCACCAGAAACUUUCAAUCACCACCGAUCCUGACAAUAACCACCACUACAACCACCACCACCACCUUCCCACAGCGUUGGAGACUCAAAGAAAGCCACGUGGCAGGCCUCCAGGCUCCAAGAACAAACCGAAACCGCCGGUUAUUAUUACAAAGGACAGCGACUCCGCCAUGAAACCGGCUAUCCUCGAGAUCUCCGCUGGGUCUGAUAUUGUUGACUCUAUCGUUAACUUUGCUCGGAAAAACCACUCUGGUAUCUGUGUAAUAAGUGCUACUGGCUCUGUCUCUAAUGUCACGCUCCGCCACCCUCAUUCUCACGCGCCGUCUCUUUCUCUUCAUGGACCAUUUAACUUGCUUUCUUUAUCAGGCUCGUUUCUUGGAUUUGUUGCACCAAAACAAUCAUCGUGGUCAUCCUCUUCUUCUUGUUUUGGGAUAUCUCUCGCCGGAGCACAAGGGCAAAUAUUCGGCGGGAUUAUAGCCGGGAAGGUUUUAGCGGCGACCCAGGUGGUGGUGGUCGCUACAACUUUUUCAAACCCUAAAUUUCACAGGUUGCCAAGUGAUGAUAACAAUGAUGAUGAUGAGGUUGAAGAUAUUAAACCUAACCCUGCUGGUGGUUCUUCUGUCGCCGGAAAUGAUCAGUCGAUGACUGUUUACAAUGCGGCUAAUGCAACUCCGAUCAACAGCCAAAUCUCUCCACCGGAAAUUAUGCACUGGCCUGGUCCUUCUCCUAAUUCUCGUCCUCAUUAUUGAAAAAAAAUUCAAAGAUUUAGAUUUGGAUAAUUUUAUUAUUUAAUACAUGCAAAAAGUUUGAUUUAGCUAGACAGUCCUCUCUUAGUUUAAUUUGAGAUUAAUUUUAGCUUAGUGCUUACUGUUUAGUGCUAUACAGGGAACUAUUAUCAUUUAUGGCUUUUAUUUGUCUCUGCAUAUUGUUUGUUCUUGUCCUAGUUUUGAGUUAAUUAGUACUCUAUUUGAUGGUUA